GAUCCGCGAUCGACGAUUAACGUAAAUCUUCAAUUAAAUAAACAAAAUUGGGUCGGGUUAUUCUUUGGUUUUAUUUUAGCUUGGACAGACCACCCAACUGAAAUGCUACAAUAUAAUCAUGGAUGUGCCUAACGACCCAGUUGAACACCUCUCUGAUGAAGAGAAAAAUAAGUUGAUUCGCCAGCAGUUAAUUCUAUUGCUGCAUGCUUACAAAUGUGAGGAACGGGGGGUUCAGCAGUGCACACUGCCUUGGUGCUCGGACAUGAAAGCAGUUCUCAUUCAUCUCAGGCUUUGCCAAGAAGGCAUUUCUUGUGGAAUACCACACUGCAUAUCUUCAAGACAAAUAAUACGACACUGGAAAACAUGUGUCAACAGCGCCUGUCCAGUCUGCUCCCCAGUUAAAGGGACGACGCCAAAAGAGUGGCACCAGUCAAUGACAGAGGGAAAAAGGCGCCAUCGAGUGGAGCUUUUGGACAGGGAAACUAUACCUGAUCCGAUGUCAGUGGAGAAAAGCAUAUAUCAUUUGGCGGACACUCUUGAAAAUUACUACCGUAUGAUGGCUGCGAAAAUGUGCCAAGAGAUAAACAAGGAGAGCGAGCAACGCCAGCCUGCUCCUAUUGUUUUAAUCGACUUCGAAGUGUAAAAACCGGCCAAGUGCGAGUCAGACUCGCGCACGAAGGGUUCCGUACUUUAGUGCUACACCUUAUUUACAUAUAGACAGUGUUAGAGUAUAUAAGGCUACACAUGUAUAAUUUGAGACGCAUUAUGCCAAUAUAAUAGAAAGCAGUUGUUUGUCUUUACGUCCCACCUCACAUGGCGACCCUGCCAGGCUACUGCGAAAAAAACGGGAAAAAGUCACGAUUGUUGUAUGGGAGCCCCACUUAAAUAUUUAUUUUAUUCUGUUGUGAGUAUUUGUUGUUAUAGCGGCAACAGAAAUACAUCAUCUGUGAAAAUUUCAACUGCCUAGUAGGGAUGUACCGACUAGUCGGGAAAGCCGACUAUCCGGCCUCAUUUGUAGUCGGCGACUAGUCGGCAAAACUGGCCGAUUAGUCGGCACUUUAUAAGUGACAGAAAAACAGGGCAAAAAGAAAUAAACAGCACAUAUUUUCAUAAGCUUUUUACCUAUUUUACCCAAAUUUUUAUUUAGGGUGCUUACGAAAACUUUUGUUUGAAAUUAUUGACCUUGUGGUCGUUUUUUUAUGUCCGAUUGUGCGGUCGCCGUAUGAAAUAUAACCUUAGGAUUUUUUAUUUAGUUUUUUAGCGUUACUAUAUGAUAUAUAGCGCGACGAAAGGGGUAAAACAAUUGUUUUUUUGUGCAUUUGAACUGAACUUAGA